AUGUUCAGGACGCAGGUAUCUAAAGCUAUUCCCAGCUGUUUGAGGGCAUCUGGAUUGAUUAGGAGGCCCCUGAGUGCGAAAGCUACUCAGUGGCAGCGAUACGUUACGUGUGGCAGACGGUUAUACAACCAAGCCGAUGAGACUGAAAAGCUGAAGAGGAAGCCUUUGAGUAGGAUACCUAUUGGUGGAACCGAGCAGUCUGCUUCGCAGAGAGUUACCAGCGAUUCAAUAGAGUUCAGCACAUGGAAAGCUGCUGUUCUUUUCAUAGUGGUCGGCGGUGGGCUGUACUACUUCUUCUCCAAGGAGAAGAAGAGGCUUGAGACAGAGAAGGAAGCCGAGGCCAAUAGAGGCUACGGCAAGCCCGUAGUGGGUGGUCCAUUCAAUCUGGUGGACGAAAACGGGGAGCAAUUCACCGAUAAAGAUUUGCUCGGCAAAUGGUCUAUUUUGUAUUUCGGAUUCACCCAUUGCCCCGAUAUCUGUCCUGAUGAGCUGGACAAGUUGGGAGUAUGGCUUGACGCUUUGACGAAGAAACAUGGAAUUGAAUUGCAGCCAAUCUUUGUAACGUGCGAUCCGGCAAGGGACUCUCCGAAGGUUAUGAAGGAAUAUCUGAGAGAUUUCCACCCCAGCCUCAAAGGCGUAACCGGUAGUUACGACGAAGUCAAGAGCGCUUGCAAGCAGUACAGAGUUUACUUCUCAACGCCACCACACGUGAAACCAGGUCAAGACUACCUGGUGGAUCAUUCGAUUUUCUUUUAUCUAAUGGACCCAGAAGGACAGUUUGUGGAAGCAAUGGGGAGAAACUACGAUGAAAAGUCAGGCGUGGAGAAAAUCGUUGAGCAUGUCAAAAGCUAUGUGCCCACGGAGGAGCGUGAAAAGAGGAAGAGUAAAUGGUACUCGUUCCUAUUUGACUGA